AUGAGUGCAUCAUCCAGCUAUGAUCCUGCGCCAAUCUAUGACAGCGUAGAUAUCGACAUGGUUGUCAAAGUCCUGUCGCAGACAGCUUUCAGUCCCUUCUUUACGUGUUUCAUACCCAUAUUCUAUAUUUUUCAAGGUUACGAGUUCGUAAAUCCAGUCGUGCUCAUUCCAUCCAUAUAUUGCGCAGCUGUUUCUGCUUUCUGGCUCUUGAAGUGGAUCUCACAGCUGUAUCGUAAUCAAGGGAGCUUUUUCUUUAAACCUAAACCCUUAGAUUGGAGCGAACAGAUUGUGGUCAUCACUGGAGGCGCUUCGGGAGUAGGAGAACUAUUAGCAAACACUCUCGCUGUCCGUAACGUCACGGUGGUUGUACUUGAUAUCAAACCGAUAGUAACUGAAAACUACAACAUCGUUUAUUACCAAUGUGACAUUUCGAAGUGGGAGGAGGUCGAGGCCGUUUCGAAGAAGAUCAUUGAUGAGAUCGGGCAACCUACUAUGCUUGUCAACAACGCUGGCGUUGUGCAAGGGAAACUCAUCAUCGAUCUCAAACCAGAGGACGUAUACCAGACAUUUGGUGUGAAUACCCUGGCCCAUUUCUGGACCUUGAAGGCGUUCUUACCGGGAAUGAUCAAAAACAAAACUGGUCAUAUUGUGACGAUGUCGUCUGUCAUGGGCCUCGUUGGCUGUGUCCGGAUGGCCGAUUAUAGUGCAUCAAAGGCAGCUCUGAUGAUCAUCAAUGAGUCUCUGCGUUACGAGCUCGACAAAGUGUAUGAUGCGCCGGGGAUUCGUACCACCAUCGUUUGUCCAGGACACAUUUUAACCCCCCUGUUCUCCACUGUCCGACUGCCAUCCAACCCCUUCUUCCAGUUCUUUGUACCAUCCAUCGCGCCAGUGACAGUAGUAAAGGCGAUCAUCACUGCACUUGAUGCACAGCAGUCCCAAACUAUUUUUCUGCCGUUUUACACGAAUUUGUCACCGGUGGUUAGGAUGAUACCCAGUUACCUUAGGGAUCUUUGCCAGAAGUUCUCCGGAGCUGAUUAUUCUAUGAGGGAUUUUACGAAGGUGACAGCACGCAGGUCGGAUGAGGCAGAUCUUCCCGUUGUUAACGGCAAAGACUGA